CCCUGUUUAUUUCCUCUGAUGAGCAUGUGGCCGGGCCCCUCCCUUUGACACGCCGCUGUCACGUACCAUCACUCCGGGCUGUGGACGCCAGCCCGGACCGCGGAUCCAGACGGCUGAUGAUGACGAGGAGCCUCGGUGGGUAUUUAAAGCCCCAGGAAAGCGGAAGCCUGGCCUGAGCUGUUAUCAGCUGACAGGAGAGAGAGAUGCUAGUCAGUUAGCACGGCGCAGACAGCUAGCUGUGCUGCUGCACCCAUGGUUGUUGGUCGUUCCUUCCCUUCUACAGUAAAAAUGAAGCGAGGAGACAAGGCGAGGUUUACGGAGCGCUGAUACAAGCUGCCCUGAAGCACCACUGCAGACAGCGGGAGAGACAUUGUUCUCUGGUGGAAAGCAGGAGGAGUUCCCUCACAUUGUUUCCCCGCCGUCCCCUCGGGUCACCUACAACCCUUCGCCAUCGGUUCUGCCUGUACUGGCCGCGGUGGACCCUGUAACCAUGACGACGGACGGGUGCUGCCACCUGCCUGGCUCCCUGUGUGACUGUGCCGGCACGGCGGGUCUCUGGAAAAUUGUGGAGGAAGCGGGUGGCGAAGGAUGCCAGGCGCUGUACGUCACUCAGGUCACGGCUCUAGAUGGACGGCUGCUGUCCUCAGUGCUCAAACCCAUAAGCGUACAAAGUGAUGGUCCCAUCUGCCGUAUUUGCCAUGAAGGAGGCAGCAGUGAGGGUCUCCUGUCCCCGUGUGACUGCACGGGCACACUGGGCACGGUGCAUAAGAGCUGCUUGGAGAAGUGGCUGUCGUCGUCCAACACCAGCUACUGUGAGCUCUGUCACACAGAGUUCAGCAUCGAGCGUCGACCCCGGCCUCUCACAGAGGUAACAAAGUGGCUGCAGGACCCCGGCCCUCGUAAUGAAAAGAGGACGCUGUUCUGCGAUAUGGUUUGCUUCCUCUUCAUCACACCUCUAGCAGCGAUCUCCGGCUGGCUGUGCCUGAGGGGAGCUCAGGACCACCUCCACAUAGGGAGCUGGCUGCAGGCUGUGGGCCUCAUAGCACUCACUAUUGCCCUCUUCACCAUCUAUGUCCUCUGGACUCUGGUAUCUUUCCGCUACCACUGUCAGCUCUACUCCGAGUGGAGAAGAACAAAUCAGAAAGUACGCCUUCUGAUCCCCGAAGCGAAGGAGUCUAACUCUUCCCAGCAUUCCUUGCUCUCUAACAAACUGAAGAAGUCUGCCAGUGAGAGUAUAGUAUGAGACCAGACAUGUGGGAGCUUGCAUCAUGUUUGCUGGCUGGACUUCAUGGAAGCAUUCUUUCUUUAGUUGCUUUCUUCUUUUUUUGCAUAAUGUUUCACUUUGCAUCUUACCAAUGUGUUCUGCAGGCUCAGAAAUGAGCACGUCUCAACUGAGUCCAUCUGUUUUUCAUAGUUGGAUGUUUGAUCAAAUUUAUGCAAAAAAGAAAAGACUGAGAGAGCAUGAGAUGUACAGAAACAUACAUGUUCUCUCACUCCUCAUGGUGGAUGUGAGGAUGAUGGGGGAUCUACUAACAGAAAUAGUUCCCAGGGCUGUGAUUUCUACUCAUUGUACCCCCACAGUUUGACAACCUCUCAGUGGAUGAAGUUUUUUGCAUUUUGGCAUGUUACAACCGCUGAAACAAAGCCUCCACAAAUGUGAAGUGGAACAUGGUUCCCACAAUUUUUUUCCGGUGAAGUUUGGUGUAAAUUUGUGAUGCCUCAAAAUAAAACCCAGUGUAACCAACUGCCAUCAGAAGACACCUAGAUUGUGACUCUGUGUAACUUAUCAGUAUUUAAAGGAGUAUGAAAACUUUUGGAAGUUACUGUAGAAGAGUUUGUAGUCAAACUCCUUGCCGCCUGAGCUCUUAUUUUACUGUGACUGAAGUCAGUUGAGAAACCUCAGAUCUUUGAUUUAUACUUCACAAUCCAGAUGUUGAUAUGCAGUGUGAGUUUAACCCGCAACUCAAAUUUUGCACCGCAGCAGUUUUGACUUCUGUUCUUAUUGCACGAUCUCAUGGUACACAGUCAUCCCUCUUCCUAAACCACUAUGGAAAUUGAGGGUUUUACUGUACACAAACAGACUAACAUGCAAAGUUAUGCAUGCAAGCUGCGCAAUUAGUGACGUUAGUGUUUUUCUUUGUUUUAGGUGUAUUUUUUAAAUUCACUAUAGACUGGCUGGAUUUAGUGUUUUCCAUCUGAAGCAGGCUUUAUGGAGGUUUUAGUAUCAUCAGCACUGACCAGGCUGGUGUUAUUUAGAGGGACAGGAAAAAAAAAACCAGAUUUCAGUUUUUCAGUUGACUGAUUUUACACCUUGCAGAAACAUUCAAUAGGUUUUGAGUUCAACACUGAUGUGUGUAGGAAUUCAAUGCAUAAUUUUUACCUCUAUCCCGGCAGGGGGGGGUCCCCAGAGGGCAUUAGGUGAGAGGCGGGUUACACCCUGGACAGGUUGCCAAUCCAUCAUAGUGCGAUGCAGAGAGAAAUAACAAUGCAUUAUUGGUUUAAUAAGCUGAGUUGACCUAUUUUGCAUGUGUAUGAUAUGAGGGAGUACCCAGAGAAAACACAUGUAUGCACGGAGAGCACCGUGCAGCCCACUUUCAACCGUUACUACUUAAUUUAGAUUAAUGGUUCAUUGCAUCUUAUACAUGCAUGGGUCUGUCUCGAUUUAUAUUUUGAUCAGACUAGUGAUGGGCGACUUGAAAGUUUAUUACAAUAUUUUGUAGUGUUUAAUGCGAUUAUGAUAAAAGGGAUGAUGAAAAGUAUUGAAAAAUUCAUCGGUAUUUAGGCAGUAAGUACAUUAAACCCUCAGAAAUACAAAUAAGGCCUGUUGUCAUAGGCUGCUUCAGUUACAUCUAUUACUGCUAUUUUCCAGCCAAUUUAUGUAUUUUGAUAUUUAUUGAUGCAAAAGAAAAUUGAAACAGCAAAAGUUAAAAUCCAAAAACACCCAUAAAAGUUUAUCUGUAUCACAAUAAAUCUCAAUUUUUCUCAAGAUAAUUUCUUUCCCAUCCCUAGAUCAGAUUGUGUAGUUUGCUAUUAUUAUAGAAGAGAGCAUGUAUGUUUGCACUGGGUCUGUUAUUGGGCAGAUGAACUGGUUUACAGUUCAUGUCUUUCUUUUUUUCCCCUCCUCUUUGAUUUCAUGAUGUGAACUUUUAUGCCUCGAGACAGUAUUAUCAAACCAUGAUGUUUACAGUAGCUUCUGCUUGUCUCUCCCACUGCCCCAGAUAACGCUUUUUUAAUCACAAUUUUCACAAGUUAUUUUUUAAAAGAAAAGAAAUGCAUGUAACUUACACCGUGAGACUGUGCUUCUUCAUUACCUCUGGAUCAUCGCUGUGAUUUCCUGCUCAUCGUGAACACCAGCAGCUACUGGAGUCAGCUGAGCAACAAGAACUUAAACGAACCUGUCGGGUUGAUUUUCUUGUUGAAAGUCUGUUCACAGUGUUUGAAAGUAUGCAAAACUGCCAUGGAGACGUGAAAAUCGUCUCUUUGCACAGUUGUCGAUCUUUGUAUUUAACUCCCAAAAUGUCAUCCAAGGAACAGAUUGUAAAUAAUGUUUUUGUUGUGUGCGUUAAUGAACAUGGAAAUGUCACUUGAAUUGUUUUUCUAACACUUUUGCCAUCUUCUUUUUAAGAGGCAGGAUUGUUUGUAUUUCAUUGAGUUGCAGUUCUUUGUUUUUAAUAUGUUGUUUUCUGAAACAUUACAGGAUGUCUUUAGAAUCCUGGUAUACCUUCAAUCAGCCAAGAAUUGUUUGCUAAAAUGUAAUAAUAAAUUCUGAGUGAGCAUAAA